CCAACCCGCCGCAUGACCAGCGCAUGCGUAGCCUGAGCCUCUCGAACCUCCUCCGACACCACAAGCACGCUACCUUUUCCCACGACGAUCCGCAGCCUUCGCGACAGGUCAACGAAGUCGCCAUCGACGAUUCGGAAGACACGCAUGAACUGUCCGGUCGAAAGCUGCGUGGCCGUGCUCAGAGCACUGCCGGCACUCUCAAGGGGGUGAUUCGCCGAGCCUCCUUAUCCCUCAAGGGCAUGGUUCAUCGCCGACCAUCCCUCACAGCCGAGCCGUCUGAUGCCCACAACCAGGCCGGUCCUCACGCCAGGCCGACCAGCGCCCAUCACACUUGGACCCGCCUCCGCCAGGUCGCGCCCUUUCGCCGCUCGAGAUCCUUCUACGGCUUUCAUGCUACCGAUGAUGGCCUCGACGAACAGCGUCAAGGCCCCAACGCGCAUAUGCCUAUCCCCGCAAUGGGAGACGAGCCCCCAUAUAUCCCCAUGAACACGGGAGGUGCCGCCAAGGCCUCCGUGGCACUCCAGAACGAGUACUUCCAGAGGCAGGCCAUGCACACCCAGUGGCUGCAAUCGUCCAGCGAGGACAGCAACGACCGUGAGAGCGGAAUUGGCAUCGUCGUUACUGAGCCGUUCGCUGGGUCGGGUGUCAGCGUUGACGGAUCCAUUCCUGCUCAAGAUAGCAACAUUAGCAGGAUCGAUUUCAUCAAGCAGCUACCGUCCGAGCUGGCCAUUCACGUUCUGGCCUGCCUGGACGCCGCCGCUCUGGCCAAGGCAAGCGUCGUCUCCAGGCACUGGCAUGAUGUGGUUCGCAACCAGCACAUCUGGCGAGAGUCGUGUCUACGAGAAAUGACCACCACCUAUGCCACCAGCGAGCCCGUCAAGCCCGGCACUGGCCUGGGCAUCCCUCCGGUGGUUCCCACCAACGACUGGAAGCAAAUCUACCGCGCCAAGCUCGAGCUCGCUCAGAAGUGGAAAGAGGGCAAGGCCCGUCCCAUGUAUCUCAACGGACACACAGACAGCAUCUACUGUCUGCAGUUUGACGAGUAUAAAAUCAUCUCCGGCUCUAGAGAUAAGACGAUCCGAAUUUGGGACAUGCAGACUCUGGAGUGUCGUCUGGUCAUCGGACCUCCCGAAGUGGUCAAUGCCCCCAAUCUUCUGGAAGAUGCCGAAGGCAACCCGAUGCACUAUGUCAACUUCUCCGACAGCUUCAGGGCCGCGCCCUCCACGCCAAAGGUGGUGUCCUUUGCGACCCACCACAGAGCAUCUAUCCUGUGCUUGCAGUAUGACGACGAGAUCAUGGUGACGGGUUCCUCGGACUCCACGUGCAUCGUCUACGACAUGCGCAACGGCUACCGACCGAUUCGUCGUCUCACCCACCACACGGCUGCUGUGCUCGACCUGGCCUUUGACGACAAGCAUAUUGUAACGUGCAGCAAGGACAUUAGCAUCUGUAUGCGCGGAAACACCAUUGUGUCGUGCUCUGGCGACUUCCGCGUCAAGCUGUGGAACAUUGACACGGGAAGAUGCAUUCGCGAGUUCGUCGGCCACACCAAGGGCCUGGCGUGCUCUCAGUUCUCCGAGGACGGGCGGUACGUUGCCUCGGCGGGCAACGACAAGGUGAUUCGCAUCUGGGACGCCAACACGGGCGAGUGUGUCCGCGAGAUGCGCGCGCACGAGAACCUGGUGCGCAGCCUGCACAUUGACAGCGUGAGCGGGCGACUGGUCAGUGGCAGCUACGACACCGACAUCAAGGUCUGGGACAUGGAGACGGGCCGCCAGCUGCUCGACUUUCCACGCUGGCAUGCCAGCUGGGUCCUCAGCGCAAAGAGCGACUACCGACGCAUCGUCAGUACCGGACAGGACCCCAAGAUCCUCAUCAUGGACUUUGGCGCCGAGGUGGAGGGCAUUGACAUGUUGAAGAGCGCCAACACCAGCAUGGGCGGUGGCAUCUUUUGA